AUGUUGUUAGAUCAGUCCCUCCGGGGCAUGAGCCUCACAGAAUGGCUCGUGACAUCUUCCCUAUUUGCGAUUUUUGCGCUUUUCGCAAAAGCCAUCUAUAACCUGUUCUUCCACCCCCUGGCUCAUAUUCCUGGGCCAUUCUUUGCUCGAGCCAGCGGUAUCCCCUCUUGGUACUAUGCAAUCCGCGGCGACCGCCACAUCUGGGUAGCGAAGCAGUUCGACCGGUAUGGGAAACGAGUCCGCAUAGAGCCCAACACGGUGGUGUUCCUCGACCCGCAGGCUGAAACCGAGAUCUACGGCAUGAAGGCCAACGUGCAGCGAAGCGGCUUCUACUCCUCGUGGAAGACUAGCAAGGAGGACGUCUCAACGAUUAACAGCGUCGACUUCGGCGACCACGCACGCAUGCGCAAGUUCCUCAACGUCGCCUUCACCGAGCAGUCGACCCGCGCGGCGUCGACGUUUGUUGUUCAGCAUAUCGACCGCUGGAACGAACUCCAGCUCCAGGCUAUCGGCGGUAAAGAAGGAUGGAGUGACCCAGUGGAUAUCUCGCAAUCGGUCACCGCGCUUACUUUCGAUAUCAUGGGGGAGUUGGCUUUUGGCGCGUCGUUUAAUAUCAAGGAGCCCGGAGACAACCCCUUUAGAGUCGUGCCGCACAACAUCGAGUCGUUACUGAAAAGGAAUUAUGUCAUCUCCCGCUCCCCCUUCCUCGACCUCCUCCUCUGGCUCAAGCCCCGCGGCCUCGACAACGUGAUCAACAGCCUCGCCCCAUCCUCCGUAAUCUCCUACUUCCACUUCGUGCGCUCGAGCGUCGAGAACCGCAUCGCCCUCUACAAAUCCCAAGAAUCCAAGCCCGAGCAAGAGCGUCGGCAGGACCUCUUCUACUUCCUCUGCGAGGCCAAAGACCCGAGCACGGGCCUCCCCGCCUACGACGGCAUCGGCCUGCUGGGCGAGGCCAACAUGCUCAUCGUCGCCGGCUCCGACACCACCGCCAUCAUCCUGUCGGCGCUGUUCUUCUACCUCACCGGCGACGCCGACCGCUACCGCAAGCUCACGUGCGAGAUCCGCGGCACCUUUGCCUCGGCGGACGAGAUCGUCCCCGGCCCGAAGCUGAUGGCCUGCGAGUACCUCCGCGCCUUCAUCCAGGAGACCCUGCGCAUGUGCCCCGUGCUGCUGAGCGAGAUGCCGCGCGAGGUGCGGCCCGGCGGCCAGGUCAUCCGCGGCGACUUCUACCCCGCCGGCACCAUCGUCGGCGUCCCGGGCUGCCCCAGCAAGCGCAACCCGGACGUCUUCCCGCAGCCCUCGAGGUUCUGGCCCGAGCGGUGGAUCGUCGACGAGAAGGCGGGCGUGACGCGGGAAGAGGUCGCGCGCAUGCGCAACAGCUUCCACCCCUUCGCGGGCGGCCCCGGAGCGUGCGCGGGCAAGAACAUCGCGAUGAUGGAGAUGCUGAUGACGGUGGCUCGCACGCUGCAUAGGAUGGAUGUUAGGAGGGCCCCGGGCUCGACGCUGGGGUGUGAUCCGAGGAAUAGGGACGAGUACCAUCUGACGGAUGCGUAUAUCUCGCUGAGGCAGGGCCCGGAGGUGCAGUUUAAGAGGAGGGAGGGAGUGAAGGCUUGA